CGAGGUCUAGUUCGAUUUUAGCGACGGUCGGGAGCAGCCCAAAUCCGUCCGGGGCUGUUGAUAUUUUCCGUGGAUCCACACCGGGGGAAUAAUAGAAAACAAAGCCGCGGAUGUGAGCUCGGUGCGUGGUUUUUUUUUGGGGUAGCGGCGGAAUUCGGAUCGUUUCGGGCUCCUUUUCGCGAGGCGUGUUGGUUGAUUUUUUUCCGGAGGAGCCGACCGUAGAUGUUUUCACUCCAUCUUUAAUUGAAUGGAAUGCAGAUACUGGGCUGUGGUGCCCCAGUGCUCGCCGUGAAUCUAGAUAAUGGGCUGUGUACAAUGUAAGGACAAAGAGGCGACCAAACUGACGGAUGAGAGGGAGACGAGCGCGUCCCAGCACCCCGGGUACCGAUAUGGGGCCAACCCCACGCCCCAGCACUACCCCAGCUUCGGGGUCACCGCCAUCCCCAACUACAACAACUUCCAUGCGCCCGUCAGUCAGGGGGUGGCCGUGUUCGGCGGGGUCAACAGCUCCUCGCACUCUGGAACGCUGCGCUCGCGGGGUGGAACAGGAGUCACGCUGUUUGUAGCGCUUUACGAUUACGAGGCGAGGACGGAGGACGACCUGAGCUUCAGGAAAGGAGAGAAAUUCCAGAUUCUGAACAGCACGGAAGGAGACUGGUGGGAGGCUCGGUCCCUCACGACAGGUGGAACCGGGUACAUACCCAGCAAUUACGUGGCACCGGUGGAUUCCAUCCAGGCCGAAGACUGGUAUUUCGGAAAACUCGGCCGUAAGGAUGCGGAGAGGCAGCUGCUGUCCAACGGGAAUUCUCGAGGGACUUUCCUCAUCAGGGAGAGUGAAACCACUAAAGGGGCGUACUCCCUGUCCAUACAGGACUGGGACGAGGUGAAGGGCGACCAUGUGAAGCACUACAAAAUCCGGAAGCUGGACAACGGCGGCUAUUACAUCACCACCCGCGCCCAGUUCGAGACCCUGCAGCAGCUCGUGCACCAUUAUUCGGCGAGGGCGGCGGGGCUGUGCUGCAGACUGAUAGUCCCCUGCCACAAGGGCAUGCCACGCCUGGCCGAUCUGUCCGUCAAAACCAAAGACGUGUGGGAGAUCCCGCGCGAGUCGCUCCAGCUCAUCAAGCGCCUGGGGAACGGCCAGUUCGGGGAGGUCUGGAUGGGUACCUGGAACGGAACCACCAAGGUGGCGGUGAAGACCCUGAAGCCGGGCACCAUGUCGCCGGAGUCGUUCCUGGAGGAGGCGCAGAUCAUGAAGAAGCUGAGGCACGAUAAGCUGGUGCAGCUGUACGCCGUGGUGUCCGAGGAGCCCAUCUACAUCGUCACCGAGUACAUGGGCAAAGGAAGCCUGUUGGACUUUCUGAAGGACGGAGAAGGACGGGGACUCAAACUGCCGAACCUGGUGGACAUGGCGGCUCAGGUGGCCGCCGGCAUGGCGUACAUCGAGAGGAUGAACUACAUCCACAGAGACCUGCGGUCCGCCAACAUCCUGGUGGGCGACAGCCUGGUGUGCAAGAUCGCGGAUUUCGGCCUGGCCCGGCUGAUCGAGGAUAACGAGUACACCGCUCGGCAGGGUGCCAAGUUCCCCAUCAAGUGGACGGCGCCCGAGGCGGCUCUGUACGGGCGGUUCACCAUCAAAUCCGACGUGUGGUCGUUCGGGAUCCUGCUCACCGAACUGGUCACCAAGGGGCGCGUGCCGUAUCCAGGGAUGAAUAACCGGGAGGUGCUGGAGCAGGUGGAGCGCGGGUACCGGAUGCCGUGCCCUCAGGACUGCCCCAUCUCGCUGCACGAGCUCAUGCUGCAGUGCUGGAAGAGAGACCCCGAGGAGCGGCCCACCUUCGAGUACCUGCAGGCCUUUUUGGAGGACUACUUCACAGCCACCGAGCCCCAGUACCAGCCGGGGGACAACCUCUAAACCUGCCCGGGGGGCCGGGGCGGACGGAUCCGUGCUCUGAACCUCGCCCGGAUCCGGACGCCUUGACCUGCAGGAAGCUACGGGACCGGACCGGACCGGACCGGACGGGUAGAGGCUGAGGGAACCGCAUCUAAAGCUUCCGUGUAUUUAGUAUCCGACUCCUUACAUCUUCCAUUGAAGGGACGCGUCACCCGUAAUGUGUUCACCGAAGCCAAAAAAAGUUCGGACGCACCAUCGGUGGUCAUCAAGCGAUUGGAAUAAAAGAAGGAUGGAUAGUGAUGGAGAGAUGGUGAAGAAUUGUAUGUAGUGUAAAUAUGAUCGUGUUUACUCACACCCUCAUGUGUUUUAGGCUUUGUUACCUUUUAUAAUGCUGAUUUAUUUCAUUCUGUUAUUAUUAUUAAUGUUUUCGUUUCUUAAAAGCGCAUGAACGCUCCGGCCAACACGACCCAUCCUGGAAAACGUCCUUUAUUUUCUUUUUCAUUUUGUUCGAUUAUUUAUUCCGUUCCUGCACACACGUAGCUUUCCCGACUCCGCUCAGCCUUAUUAUAAUAAUAUACACUGAUCAGCCAUAACAUUAAAACCACCUCCUUGUUUCCAUGUUAUCAGCUCCA